AUGGCCACGGCGCUCGAGGGGUUCGUGGAUGAGUCGCUGAUUCUUCUGCUCGGCAAUCUCCGUGCCCAGGAGAUAGCAGCAGUCGCUGCCACUGGUUCGCGUCUCCGCAGCGUCGCCGUAUCAAACCCAGUCUGGGACGGUCUUUGCGGAGCACUUUGGCAGGGCCGUGCAGUUCUUCACCGGUUCACGGAGCUGCGGCGCAGCGACGCCAGAGAAGCUUAUCGGCAAUCUCUGGAAGAUUCGCGCCGAACGAACAUCACAAGAGGCGAGCUCUUGUCCAUCGACUGGUCCUUCCGGUUCAAGGCUUCGGCCGGUGAGGGCUGGCAAGCUGGGGAUCCCUGGUGGCAGGGCCAGGAGGCAACACGCGUCAGAUUCAAGAAAAAUGGACGGGCUGCUUUCAAGAGGGGGCCUCUAUUUGGCAGCCGCCCCCCAGUGCUGCGGUGGCGCUUUGUUCGCUUUCCGGCACGAACUCACCAGGCCCUGAACCGGACGACCGGCAGAGGGAGCGCAGACUUCUCCGAAUUCGGCCGACGGGGUAUUCGUGCCAAGGUCAUGGGCCGAGAAGUGCCCACCUACUGCGUGCGUCGCAACAAGCACAACUGGGGUUGGACGAUGGAGUCUUGCUGGGUAGUCUGGUCUUCCUGGCCCAUGCCUCGCAAGGAUUCCCCCGAGGCGGAACUGCUGGAAGACGAAAGGCUGCCAGUGAGCUUCGAUGUCCAGGAGGAUCAGGCCAUGGCCUUCAACAAUGGUUACCGGCGAGUCGAGCAGGAGGAGACAGAGGUCGACGGCGAGAGCGAGCCGGAUGCAGAAGACCGCGUGGUGGUGCCUGCUGAGUGGGGAUCUGGGGAAGGCGAGGCUGAGGAGGCCGAGGAUGACAGCGAGCCGGUCAGCGAGGAGGAGCCGGAAGAGCCCAGCAACGAGCAGUCGCCGCGAUUCGUGAUUGUCAGGAUCGGGGAUCACUUGAUUCGCUUGCCGCGCGCCUUGAUUGACAGCACUACGCCCGCCGCCGGCCUGAAGAUGGAGUCAGAGUCCGUGAAGAACAUGGGCCUAACUUUCAAAUGGCUCUGGCUCCUGGCCGCUGCACGGGUGCACCGGGUACACUCUGAAGAUCAGGUGGAUGGCGGGGAUAUCCUGGAUGCCAUGCUAGGUGCACCGCCAGCCACAGUUCAGAUUCCUACCAUAGCGCCCGUGAUCGCAACCACCCCAGCGCCGAUCAUCUCGCCGAACAAGCCGGGUUGUGCCGCUGAUAUCACGGCGGCUUUGUACGACCUUACGGUCGUCGCCCGUAUGCUCACAUACAUGACAGCCGACUGCUCGCAGCCAGGCCAGGAUUCUACGGUUUGCGCCGCCGACAUCCUGACGAUGAUCAGAUACAUGGGGAAAGCUGCCGGAAUCAUCUCGGAUGCUGUGUUUACGUGUGGCAACAUCCAGGCAGGAUGCAGCCAAACAAUCGCGGAUGCCAUUGGAGAGUUGGCUCAUCUCACAAACUUUGUGGUAGCGAUGGAAAUUCAGUGCGACCUCUCCAGGCUCUUCUGCGCAUCUCAAGUCUUCAACUUCCUUUCCUCCGGGCUCCACUGUGCGAAGAACAUCGACACGGCAAUUGUGAAGACAUUCUAUCCAAACGGCCCGAACGGCGCCCCUCCUGUGCUCGGAGCAAGCCCCGACCGCUUGCUUUUAGGCCCAUCGCUGCGUGGCAAAUGGGGACGCUCAAAGCCACCCACGGCGGUGUCUCCGUCCAUUCUUCCUACGACCGCCGAGGGCUUGGAGUGA